CGUCAGAGCAACAAAACAUUUUCAGUACAGGGGAGAGGACCAAGCGGAAACAAGCAUCUUCAAGGAUGGGGCAGCUGAUCAUCUUCACAAUUUUCUGUUUGACUUUAAUGCUGUUGCUGCAUGACACAUCAGCAAACAAGAAAACAUCAAGCAGCAAGAAUCCUACUAACACUAAAACUUCAACAACUGGAACAUCAAACAAGCCGCAGCAGGGGAGCAAGACACAAGCUAACUAUCCCAGGCAACCCAACCAAUAUCCCUCUGCAGGCAACAACCCUGGGGCUCGAUACCCUAACCAGCAGUAUCCUGGUAAAGGACGUGUUAGCCCAGGAGGACAUCCCACACAGAAGGCUACAGGAGGACAUCCCACACAGAAGCCUGCUGGUGGUAGUUAUCCUGUAGGUGGAAGUUACCCUGCAGGUGGAAGUUAUCCUGCAGGUGGAAGUUACCCUGCUGGUGGUAGUUAUCCCGCAGGUGGUAGUUAUCCAGCAGGUGGAAGUUACCCUGCUGGUGGUAGUUAUCCUGCUGGUGGCAGUUAUCCCGCAGGUGGUAGUUAUCCAGCAGGUGGAAGUUAUCCCGCAGGAGGUAGUUAUCCCGCAGGAGGUAGUUAUCCCGCAGGAGGUAGUAAUCCCGCAGGGGGUAGUUAUCCCGCAGGUGGUAGUUAUCCCGCAGGAGGUAGUAAUCCCGCCGGUGGGAGUUAUCCUGCAGGGGGUAGUUAUCCUGCAGGUGGAAGUUACCCUGCUGGUGGUAGUUAUCCUGCUGGUGGCAGUUAUCCUGCAGGGGGUAGUUAUCCUGCAGGUGGAAGUUACCCUGCUGGUGGUAGUUAUCCUGCAGGUGGUAGUUAUCCAGCAGGUGGAAGUUAUCCAUCUGGAGGGCAAUAUCCCAACAAGUACCCAGCUGGGGGACAAUAUCCAGGACAAGGGGGAUCUAGUCCUGGAGGGUAUCCAAAUCAGUACCCUGCAGGUGGAAGUUAUCCAGGUCGAGCUCAGCAUCCAGGACAAGGGGGCAGUAGUCCUGGAGGGUAUCCAAACCAGUUUCCAGGUAGAGGAGGUGUAAAUCAAGGAAGAUAUCCCAAUCAGUCCCCUUCUGGUGGUAGUUACCCAGGAGGCCAGUACCCUGGGGGAGGAGGUGUACAUCCAAACCAGUAUCCUGGAUCAAUCAACCCUGCAGGAUAUCCAAUGGGUAGUGGCUACCCAGUGAGGACAGGAGGACAGCCGGGAGGAUACCCUGGGGGUUAUCCAUCCAUAGGAGGACAAUAUCCUAACUGGAAUCCUAACAACAAAAUUCUUAGUCCUCGGUAUGGCAGUGGAAUUGGGCGUCCAGGAUACGGAAUCGGUGGCUCCCCUUUCUCAAAAUCAGUUCAUGAUAUGGGCUAUAAACCAUCCGUGAAGUCCAAAGGCUUUGCCAAAAAGGCCAUGUUGGCAGCUGGAGUUGGGGCUAUGACAGGGAUGGCUGUAGGGUAUGGCCUGGGUCGAUUUCCUCGACCAAACUUUCACUUUAGCAGCCCCCAAGAAGAGUAUUAUUACAACCAAUACAUGCACCGCAAUUAUGGCAUAAAAUCUACUGAUACAAAUGACUAUCGACGUGACUACAAAUUCAAGCCACCUCCUAAGGCCCAGACUUAUGAAAAAUACAUGAAAGACUGCAUGAAAAGAACAGACCUCUUGAGAAAUCAAGAUGCAAAAAUCAGCAACAUCCAGGAGGAUAACCCCAUGGCUAGAUCACUUACAGUUUCUAAUUCUUCCACUUCUGAGAGUGUUGGCACUCCUGAGAAUGGCACAUCCGAGGUUGUAGUGCCUGCUAAGUCCCAAGAGAGCGAUGAUGAUACAGUAAGCAUCACAGAAAUUGGUUACCCUGUGCUAAUCCAGCAAAUGAAAGCCCGAAAAUGUGUAGAGCUGUACAUGGCAUACUCUGUGAGCUUCCUGCAGAAGCAGACGCAAGAACGUCCCGCCAGCCGCAGCGACGCACGGGGACAUCCUAUACCACUUGUACUGCUCACAACUGCAAUCAUGGCUUUCAGCAGCACCCUCUUGCUGCAGUGAAAGCAAGACUACGGUGAUACUCUGUGUGGUAGAUCUGGAAACUUUUGGGCUCAACAUAAAUUCUCUGGUUUACUUCACAAUCAGCACCUGACAUAUCAUUAUUUAUAAUAUUAUUAUGUAUGAAACAAUACUGCAUGUUUUACAGUACCUGUUAUUCAUGUGCACCAUUUUAACCAACAUUAAGACCAACAUUCCAUCAUUUAUUCUUACUAGCUCACAACUGCUUGAUAGCUUCUUAGCAACUAAAUGUAUAUCAAAGAAUGAUCUGACUAAUAUGGCUAGCUAACUAACUUGUGCAAUAUUUAACAUUAACCAACAGUUAUUGGAGGCAAAUUUCGUUAAGUGUCAAUGGAUAAUUAUUUCAUGAAGAAACUGCCAGGAAUUUUGAUUAUGCAAAAAUGCAGUAUAUUUUACAUUAUUGUUGUUUUCAUUUUAAUUUACUUACUGUGUGACGUCUUGGUGACUUAUUAUUUCUAAAUAAACUAACAUAACAUUUA